CACUCAGUCACUCAGUCCGUCAGUCAGUCACUCAGUCAGUCACUCAGUCAGUUAGUCAGUUAGUCAGGCAGUAAGUCAGUUAGUCACUAAGUUACUCAGCCUCCUUCAAACAAUUCUCACAGCUGCUGAGAAGAUUCAUCAGCACCAUGGGGGAUUGCUGUGGGAAAGAAAAUGCAGCUGGAUGUCUGUUACAUCACGUAGGGAGUUCACUCAGUCACUCAGUCAGUCACUCAGUUAGUUAGUCAGUUAGUCAGUCACUCAGUCCGUCAGUCAGUCACUCAGUCAGUUAGUCAGUUAGUCAGGCAGUAAGUCAGUUAGUCACUAAGUUACUCAGCCUCCUUCAAACAAUUCUCUCAGCUGCUGAGAAGAUUCAUCAGCACCAUGGGGGAUUGCUGUGGGAAAGAAAAUGCAGCUGGAUGUCUGUUACAUCACCGCUACCUGUUUCAGGACGAAUUGUGCGAGGGAGUCUCCUCGAUCCCCUCGGCCGCUUCCUGCUGCUCCCUUGCUAACGAGGAGGACCGGGCCGACUGCCUCGUCUCCCUGCGAGGCAAUCUGUCGAUCCACAGUGUCCCACUUGCCCCAGCCAGUCAGCUGUGCCACGAUCGACGCUGGAAGUCUCACGAAUCCUUCGCCAGCUUGUUGUGGGAGUUUGGCCGGAGACAUCCACGGGCAGCAGACAGCCAAGUGGAGGAGCUAGCGGAGAGAUUCUCAAAAAUCGGGGACGCCUGCUGUGACCUCGCCGACGAGAAGGAGUGCAUCACUAGAGGGAGAGAAGCGAUACACCAGGAGGUGUCUGCUGCCUAUGCUGACGCCGCUCAACUCUGCAGCUCUUUGCAGGCCUUGGGGGCUCAGAAAUUCCUCGGCAGGUGAGGGAGAGAUACACAGAGACACAUGGAGAUACAUAGA